UGCUUGGUUGAGAACUUUAAAUGGAGUUUACUGUUGCAGAAUCAGAAAGUCGACGGCAAUGGAGUUUUGGACCUGCAUCCUCUGUCUAUGUGUUGCGUUCUUCUUCAUUCUGAAACUUAAAUCGAAGACGGGAAAUACGUCGAAGCUACCUCCGGGACCAAAGCCUCUUCCGGUGAUCGGAAACCUCUUGGAUCUUGGUGAGAAGCCUCACAAAUCGCUCGCCGCCAUGGCCAAAGUACACGGCCCUAUUAUGAGUAUGAAACUCGGACGAGUUACAGCCGUGGUGGUUUCUUCUUCCACCAUGGCUAAAGAGGUCCUACAAACGAACGACCAGUUUUUGUGUAACAGAGCCAUUCCAGAUGCACUCAAAGCUCACGCCCACGACGAGGUCGGGUUUCCAUGGAUUUCUGUUUCUCCUCUAUGGAGGAACUAUCGCAAAAUAUGCAACAACACUCUGUUCGCCGGAAAAAUUCUGGACGCGAACGAGAAUCUUCGCCGGAGGAAAGUGGAAGAGCUCGUUGAGAUUGUCCGUAAAAGCGCGUCAAAAGGCGAGGCAGUAGAUUUAGGGAGAUUAUUGUUCAUGACGACGUUGAAUCUAAUCUCAAACACAGUUUUCUCGGUUGACUUAGCAGAUCCGAAUUCCGAAUUAGCAAGGAAGUUCAAGAACUACGUAUGGGGAAUAUUGGAAGAAGCCGGGAAACCAAAUUUGAGCGAUUACUUCCCCGUGUUGAGGAAGCUCGACAUUCAAGGGGUAAGGAGGAGAAUGAAGAUUCAAAUGGGAAACGUCUUGGAUCUUAUAGAUUCAAUGAUCAACCAGAGGAUGAAGCAGCAAGAACUGAAUCCAGAUUCUGUUCCCAAUAACGAUAUGUUACACCACCUUCUUAAGAACGAGGACACCGACGCUAAACUCGAUCGAAAUCAAAUAGAACAUUUACUAGUCGUACUGUUCGUGGCCGGCUCGGAUACAAGUUCAGGGACAUUACAGUGGGCAAUGGCGGAGCUAUUGAAGAAUCCAGAGAAACUAGCAAAAGCUCAAGAGGAAAUCAGGCGAGUUUUGGGGAAGAGCAAACCAGUGGAGGAAGCGGACAUUCCGAGGCUGCCAUAUCUGCAAGCAGUGGUGAAGGAAGUUUUCCGAUUGCAUCCAGUGGUACCAUUGUUGCUACCUCGUAAGGCGCAACAAGAAGUGGAAAUUGCAGGUUUCACAAUCCCUAAAGAUGCACAGCUUCUGGUAAAUACAUGGGCGAUGGGAAGAGAUUCGAGUGUCUGGGAGAAUCCAGAAUCGUUCGAGCCAGAGAGGUUUUUGGGAUCGGAAAUUGACGUCAGAGGGCGGAGCUUCGAAGUGAUUCCGUUUGGCGGAGGGAGGAGGAUAUGCCCUGGACUGCCAUUGGCGAUGAGAAUGCUGCAUUUGAUUUUGGGUUCGCUCAUUAAUUUCUUCGAUUGGAAGGUUGAAGAUGGAUGUGAGGUGAACAUGGACGACAAAUUUGGGGUCACCGUGGAGAUGGCCCAUUCACUCAGAGCCAUCCCAUCCCUAAUCGUUUAGAAUAAUUCCAUAAUUGCUACGUGUUUGGCCUAGACUCAUUGGGCUUGAUUGGCCCAAUAGACUGAUUCGCAUGUGGUCGUCCUUGGGCCCACUAUACUCAUGGUUUCUUUCCUUUCGAGUCCAUAGGGUAUUCAACCUCUAGGCUUUUUUAAAUUAUUAUUUUUAGUAUGAAAAUAUGUAGAAUUGAAUUAUGUUUAGGU